UGCAAGUGCAACAUCUCGCCUCUCAUCAUACACUCCAUAUCUCUUCACAACAACGCAAUCAUUACAUCAACCACUUUAAUUCAACAUCCAUCCUCCCCACCUUAGCCCGUCCCUCACAUCAACUUUCCAACCUGCAGCUGUCAACCAGUCAUCCCACCCAGACGCAUCACACCACAUGCAUGCGUCUCACAUCACCUCACACACUUAGCCUGCCGCGCACAAAGCAAACGAGCAGUCGCAGCGCAACGACGUCUCCCUUCAUAAGCAACAUGUCGAGCAAGAACGACUUCAUGUGGCUCGAUUGGAUCCAAAAUGGACAAACAACGACACACACAGUCGACGAACGACCCUCCAACGGACAAACACAGCCAAUGGAAUCAACUCCUCUCGUACAGCAUCGACACCCAAAGAGGCAAAAGUGCAAACGACUCAAAAAGAUGGUGAAACUGUGCGUGAUCGGAACUCUGAUGGCUGUCGUGGUCGUUACUUCGAUUGUCUUUGCUUUUCAUCCGGAGAGCAGCGAGGAGCCACAUUUUCUUGUCGUGUCUCAUGGACAGCCGGCAGUUUUAAGUAUUUCUGAUGAACAUGUUUAUCCGUAUUUGUUUGCAAGAGUCAGCGGGCCAUUCACACAAACAGGCCAUGUAAAUCACAGUGUGACUAUUUGGAUCAGAGAUGAGUCUCAGUCUCGCGUGUUGUCAUCUCACACGUUGUAUGUCAAGUGGCCUUACCGGAUGGACACAUUGAAGGGACAUCUGUACAUGGAAGAUGAACCACACAAGCUCACAUUCGAGACAGGAGAGAUGACAGGGAAGAAUAAGUCUUGGAGCUUUGUUGUCGUGUCGACUGAAGAGCAACCGAUUGUACUGGCGCUGGCAUAUCACGGAUCUGCAGCAUCAAGACAAGUUGCAAUCAUCUGUGCUGGUCUUAUUCUCAUCUUCGUUUACAUUCUCAUCGUAUUUGAACUCGUUCAUCGCACAGUUGCAGCAAUGAUCGGAUCUCAAAUGGCACUGAUGGUACUUGCAGUACUAAACCAAAGACCAACACUUGAGACUGUUGUCAGCUGGAUCGAUUAUCAAACGAUUUGUCUUCUCUUUGGAAUGAUGACUAUCGUCGCAAUAUUCUCUGGCUCUGGGUUUUUUGACUACAUCGCUCUCAAGAGCUACAAGUUGGCUAAAGGGCAAGUAUGGCCUCUUAUCACGAUGCUCUGCUUGUUCUCAGGAAUCGUGUCUGCAUUUCUGGACAACGUUACAACUAUCCUACUGAUGACACCAGUUACUAUAAGACUUUGUCAGGUGCUCAAUCUUGAGCCAACAAAUAUUCUAAUUGCUGAAGUUCUUUUCUCAAAUAUUGGUGGAACAGCAACAGCUGUCGGUGAUCCUCCAAAUGUGAUUAUUGUUUCAAGUCGGCAUAUCAGAUCACAGAACAUCAACUUUUCUGUCUUCACCUUGCAUUUGUCUAUUGGCAUUGUGUUCUGCAUGAUUUCGGGAUACAUUAUGUUAAGAAUAAUGUACAGAAAUUUGAAUUUACAAAACGUCGACUCACAGAAAGUUGCUGAAUUGAAACAUGAAGCUGAAGUUUGGAGAAUAACAGCAAACAGAGUUCCUGCAAUUUCUGCCGAGGAAAGUGCAGUACAAGAAUUGUUGCUGCAAAAGGCGACAGCGGUUGAAGAAGAAAUUGACAUGUUGAAGUUGGAACAUAAAAAAUCUGGUGAUGACACAUGGAAAGAGCAACUGGAAACGCUAGAACAAAAAUAUCGCAUCACUGACAAGCCUCUUCUGAUCAAGAGCAGCGUCGUUCUGGGAUCAGUCAUUCUCUGUUUCUUCACAUAUUCGUUUGUCAGUAAUGUGCAUAUUGAAAUAGGAUGGAUUGCUGUACUGGGAGCUGUGUGGCUGAUUGUGUUGACGGAUGUACAGAAGCUUGAGUUUCUACUGGAAAAGAUUGAAUGGGCAACACUCUUGUUCUUUGCAGCUCUCUUUAUACUCAUGGAGGCUCUCAAAGAGCUGGGGCUCAUGCAGUUCAUCGCAGACCAUGCAUGUGACCUAAUCAGAAAAGUGCCUGAACAGCAUCAACUACUGGUUGCUAUCAUUGUCAUCCUGUGGGUCUCAGCAGUUGCCUCAUCGUUCAUUGACAAUAUCCCCUUUACGACAGCAAUGAUUCCUGUUGUAUUGAACUUGGGUGUGGAUCCUGAUCUCAAUUUGUCUCUUUCGCCUCUCGUUUGGUCUCUGGCUAUGGGCGCAUGUCUUGGGGGAAAUGGAACUUUGAUUGGAGCUUCAGCGAACGUUGUGUGCGCUGGGCUGGCAGAGCAGCAUGGCUAUCGAAUAUCCUUCAAUCACUUUUUCAAAUUUGGCUUUCCCAUGAUGAUCGUGACUGUCUUCACUGCAAUGACUUACCUCAUCAUCUGCCAUGCAGCCAUUGGAUGGAACGGACCAACAUAAUGUACAUACACCUACAGACAACUAAACAACUAAACUGUAUGGACCAUAAUUUGUUUAUUUGGCAUUCAAUAUCCAGGCAAUUAGACUAGAA